AUGUCGAACCCCGAACUCGCCAGCGCUUACGCCGCUCUCAUCCUUGCCGACGAUGGCAUCGAAAUCACUGCCGAUAAAUUGAACACCCUCAUCAAGGCGGCUGGUGUCUCUGACGUCGAACCCAUCUGGGCCACUCUUUUCGCAAAGGCCCUCGAAGGCAAGGAUGUGAAGGACAUGCUUGUCAACGUCGGUUCUGGCGGUGGUGCCGCAGCUGCUGCUCCUGCCGCUGGUGGUGCUGCUGCUGCCGGCGGCGCUGCUGCUGAGGCUGCCCCUGCAGAAGAGGAAAAGAAGGAAGAAGAGAAGGAAGAGUCCGACGAGGACAUGGGUUUCGGUCUCUUCGACUAA